UGUGUCCCCAUACAGCCUUAAACCGGCUAUGUCUAUUAUUAUUAUUAUUAUUAACAGCAGCAGCGGCUCACAAUCCCAGUUUGUGAUUGUGAACAUGGUAACAGGAAGUAGAAACAACAGCUAACAAAAUAAAAGCUUCGCCAGAGAGAGCAGCGUUUGAGCAGCAGAAUAAAGCGGAACCAGAGAAACCUGCAUUCAUUUCAGCAGCUGAAAGAUGUUGUGAACUUCUCACUGCGCUUCAUUAUUAUGGAGUCCUGCUGUUUCUGUUCAAACAUGUUGCAGGUUGAGUCAGGAAAAAGGAGCUGCAGGUUCGGAUCCGAUCAAGUUCGGACCAGUUUAAGAGAUUUCUCUUUAGGGCUGAAAGUUUUAUGAUUAUGUUCUACAGUGUUUCACAUUUUGCAUUGGUUGGAAUUAAACCGCAUUUGUUCUGAAAGUCCACAGCACCAAAGACUCGGAAUGGGUCUGACUCAGACCUGUGGGUCUGGAGCCACCGGUUUUACUCUGAAACCCUCAGGCGGGAAGCAGAUCUUCUUGGUUCAGAUAACUAGACGCGCUUCCAGCAGUUCUCUGAGUUUGGACUUUGCUGCCUGACGUGUUGGGUCCGGACCAUGGAUCUGGUCUCUCCUCUGCUCUGACGCUCCAGCUGGCCCCGUGGAGCACCAGCAUGCUGAAGCCGGAAAACAACUCCUCUUGUGUGACCAACCGGACCGCGGGGGAGUCCGGAGCGGAGGCGGUGAUCGUGCCGGUGGUGUUUGGGCUGAUCUUCGUGGUGGGGGUGCUCGGGAACUCCCUGGUGAUGCUGGUGAUCGGCCGGGUGAAACCCAGCGGCGGUGCGCGGCCACUCAGCCCCACCAACAUCUUUGUUGUGAACCUGAGCGUGGCGGACCUCAUCUUCCUCCUCAUCUGCACCCCACUCCACGCCACAAUAUACUCCCUGCCUGAGUGGGUGUUUGGAGCCUUCCUCUGCAAGUUCGGACACUUCUUGGCCAUGGUCAGCAUGCUAGUCAGCAUCCUCACGCUGGUGGCCAUGUCCGUGGACCGCUACAUCGCCGUGGUGCGCUCUAAGAACUCUGCGUGCGUCCGGAGCCGCAGGAAUGCGCUGGUCGGGCUGUGCGUCAUUUGGACCAUGUCCCUGCUGUUCUCUGUGCCGAUGGCUCAAAACUAUGUGCUCACCACCCAUCCCAGCGCCCCAAACAGUACCUUCUGCUGGGAAAACGGGUCAGGAGCGUCGCGGCGCUCCUACAAGGUGUCCAUCCUGCUUCUGGGCUUCGUGCUGCCGCUGCUGCUCAUCUGCUGCUGCUACAUCAGGAUUUUAUACCACCUCCAUAAGAAGAUGAAGAACAUGUCCAAGAAGUCUGAGCUCUCCAAAAGAAAGACAGCUCAGACCAUCCUCCUGGUCGUCACUGGCUUCACUAUCUGCUGGAUGCCGCACCACAUCAUCGCCAUGUGGGUGGAGUUUGGCACCUUCCCGCUGAACAAUGCUACCUUUGCUUUCCGUAUCAUCUCCCACUGCCUAUCCUACGGCAACUCCUGCAUUAACCCCAUCCUCUACGCCUUUCUGUCAGAGAAUUUCCGCAAAGCCUGCCGCCAGGUCUUCGCCCGCCACCUGCUGUACAAUCCACCAACCAAUGGGAAAGUGGUUCGAUUCCGCAUGGACAACUUCUCCAACACGCACUCCAGCACCAAUAUCUGAUGGAUUUGAUGAAGACAUGACAGUAUCUUUGUGAAAAAAACACGAAACUGAACAUUCUGGAAGUCACAUGACUGUAGGGGCUGCAGGUGAGUGGCUGAUGUGGUCAGCCUGUACUCCAGCUGAAGAAGAACCUAUUUCAACACGACAGCUUUUGGAGCACUGAGUUCAGGAACCAUCAGCUGAGAAAACUGCUUUAUUUUAUGUUUUAUUGACUUUUUGUAAUUUUUCUGAAUAAUUCUUUUUUAUAUUAAUGUUUAAAAUUCCUCAACUUUCUACUGGUCUCCGACUGAGACCUCUACACUCCAAGUCUGUGAUUUUUGUUCUAAUUUAUAGCACAUUAAAAUAAACACAUCAUCAUAAUGCAA